UUCGCUGAGAAAGACACUCCCCUUUUUGGUGGAUGUGAUUGGUCGACGGUUACGUCGCUUGCUUUCAUAUGCAAAUGAGAAAAAUAUCAACACUGCAUGCACGCGAUACAUGGCGGAACGAACGUACACACGUACGAACGAACGCAAUCUACGAGCAUGCAUGUCGUACAUAGUGCAGUAUAGUAGUUAGGAGAGUUGAGGAAUGAAAACAAAGCGUUGCUGCACGAGAUCUCUGCGCGUGCACGUUGUGUAUGUUAUGUACACGUUUUAAUCUACAGAAAUUUCUUACUACGCCAUAGCUCAAAUGAGCAUUCAUCGUGUUUUACUUAAUUUCAUAGCAGUUCUAGCGUGGAACGUCGCCAAAUCGUGCAUGGAUUUCACUCGUGGACUUUAGCUUGGAGUCUACAUAACCCUUCGAUCGUAGCCAGCUAUCCUGGAAGCCGGGAUAUUGCCAGCAAAAUUUGGCUCCAAUUUUUGUGGUAUGAGUACAUGGAACUUACGACCAGAGAUGUCAGUGGACGAAUACCACCCGUUUAUAGAGGCGGUACUGCCUCGCGUCAAAGGAUUCUCCUAUAUAUGGUUUAACCUUCAAGCGAGGAAACGGAGGCACUACAAGAAACAUGAAAAGCGAAUGACGCCCAUGGAGGAGAGAGUCGUCAAGGAGGAGCUCAUGAACGACAAACCCGAACUCAAGCAGAAAUGGGCGUCGCGGUUGCUCGCCAAGCUGCGGAAGGACAUCCGCCCGGAGUGCCGGGAGAACUUUGUCCUGAGCGUGACGGGCAAGAAGCCCCCCAUGUGCAUUCUGAGCAACCCCGACCAAAAGGGGAAGAUGAGGCGGAUCGACUGCCUGAGGCAGGCCGAUAAGGUCUGGAGGUUGGACUUGGUUAUGGUGGUGCUCUUCAAAGCCAUCCCGUUGGAGAGUACGGACGGGGAAAGACUCGUGAAAUCGCCGAACUGUACAAACCAUGCGUUAUGUGUGCAGCCCCAUCAUAUGGGGGUUAGUGUGCGAGAGUUGGACAUGUACCUUGCGAACUUCAUUAUGCAGUCACCUGAACGAUCACUGAGUGAGUCAGAUACAUUAUCUGUAGGGAGUGGAAGCGAUCCUGAUUUGCAAAUGAGUGUGCUGAAUGGUCAAGAGAACCAUCACAUGUUUUCUUCCAGUGGCGUCUUCACGGCAUUAGAGCUUAGGAGAAUCACACAAGUGCCAAUCUUAAUGGGAGGCGGUGAUACCGGUCUAGGUAGCGCCCUCAAUCUAAGCGAGCUCCCUUCACCCACCUACUACGCCAACAGCUACGCCAACAAUGUCCAUCCUGGGCUUGGAGCCGGCCAGAACAUGGGCGGUCUGAGGCGUAACAUCCCGCUGUCGCUCACGCACGGCAACAAACGCAUCAAGAGGAACUCGACCACGAUGUCGUCCGCUGACGACGAGGUCGAUAGCAUUGGAGAGGAAGGGGAUAACAUGGGAGGAUUCUACGGGAGGUCACCGGCCAACUCUCUGAGUAGCCAUUCAAGUGGAUGGCAUAGUGACAUGGAUGCAGGAGCAAGCCCAGGGAUCCACUCUCCUAACAUGAGCAAGCCUAAAGCGGGUCUCCCUAACGCACAGUCGCCUACAGGAUCUAGACCAGGAGGCAUCAAGAUUGAAAGAGAUGGGUCUAUGAGCGCCUGUACGUUACCUGAUGGUAGCCCACAAAAUGUUGAUCCUGUCUGUACUUCAUAUUUGCUUCCAGUUGGUCAACCAAACCUAUCCUAUGCCAAUAUGGCACCCUCGCCUGGUCCGCCUUCGUCAGGUUAUUAUCAGAACCAGCUAAGAGUUCAUUCGGCAGCAAACCAAGAGAGUGCCCAGCUUUCAGACUAUGUUCAGCUCGUCAGCCACCAGGAUACGACCCAGAACCACCCGGUCCAUGUGAAGACUGGUGCUGCUGUAGGUAAUGCUAAUAGUCCAACUAAGAUAGCCGGUUUCAUCCCUACCGCCAUGCUUCCACCACCGCCACCUCCACCAGUAGCAAGACCGGUUGCCUUGACGACAUCCAUCGGUCAGAUGGGGACCCUGUCUGGCGUCAGCAAUGGGGCCAGCUCAACUGCAAAUGGAAAUAUGUCCACAAGCACCACCCCCUUGAACCUGCCUUCAACGUCCAUCUUGACCAGCUGUCCUACCACUCCACCAGUCAGUAGAAGCAUCAUGACCAGUCCAUUCACUGUCCUGGGGCGGCCAGAUAACUCCUUCGUCCACUCUCAACAACAGAUGUUGUCUUAUCCAAACAUAAGCCCUGUCAACAUCUCUCCGACGUCUCUGUCGCUUCUGACAUCGCCUGUAGCCACUCCCCGGAGUACGCCCAGAUCCACCCCUAUCCCGCGAUGGAAUGCUCCACUCAUAUCCAUUGAUGAAAGCUCGGACUAUUCCUUGAUGUCCAUUGCAGCUCAAGAAGCCUUCCUGCAGUUUGUAAUGGAGGCUGAUCUAUCCACUAGAAUGAUAUACUCAAAAGCACAAAGUAUGAUGCCAGGUGGUGUCUCAGAGGAUAGCCUGCUGAAUCAGGAAGCGAGGUUUGUCCCGGUGAUGAACUCUGAACCUAUGGACACAGGUCAGAACAAUGUGCCUUCGUCCAAGUGAUGACCUUUGACCUGCGAAUCACAAGGAAUUUAUGCCAUUACCCAUUGGAUCUUGUGUGUGGAUGGACCAUAUUGCCAAAGCCCACCGAAGACUGCCCUCUAGAGAUAAGAAUGUGUUCAAUUUAAGGUAAAAAGGUCAAAGUUCAGCCGACCUGUCGGAAAUCCAGUGCAGUGAUGUGGAAAAUAUGUUUGCUUUGCGGAGAUGUGGAUGGGGAAAGUUACGAUGUCGAGAGGAAAGCAAUAUGUGCAGCUGAAAUGAUGAACGUAAGAUAUAUGCCAGGCAAGGUUUAGGAUGUGUGAUAAGCUGACAAUGAAAUGAGUGCAGGCCAUCCACAUAAUACACACUUGAUGAACAUGAUGAUCAUGAUCAUGUAUCAUGUGACACAAUGAUGUGCCUCCAUAAACUGAACCUAGCAGCCAGUCUGUGUUGAAUGCAUGCUCAACCUGGCUUCAACGAAUACCAAGAACUGAAGA